UUUUCUUUCCUCACCAACCCAUACUGCAUAGCAUUUAUAGAAAACGUUCCUCACCUUUGCAAACAUCUGGAUUUUAACAAUGAUGAGUCAAGUGUGAAGGUUCUCAUUGGGUCUUUAUUAAAUCUAAUGGAAGAUCCAGACAAAGAUGUACGAGUUGCUCUCAGUGACUGCAUAAAGAACAUAUUAGAAUCCUUAGACUCUGAAGAAGGAUUCAUAAAAGAGCUCUUUGUUUCAAGAAUGAAAGAAGCCUAUACACAUGCCAAAAUAUCAAGAAAUAAUGAGCUUAAAGAUACCUUGAUUCUCACAACAGGAGAUAUUGGAAGGGCAUCAAAAGGAGAUUUGGUACCAUUUGCCCUCUUGCAUUUGUUGCAUUGUUUGUUGUCCAAGUCAGCUUCUGUGGCUGGAGCAGCUUACACAGAAAUUCGGUCCCUGGCAGUAGCUAAGUCCAUAAAACUACAAGCUUUUUUCAGUCAGUACAAGAAACCUAUCUGUCAGUUUCUAGUGGAAUCCCUGCACUCCAGCCAGAUGACAGUAUUGAGUGCUCCAUGCCAGGGUAAUGAGCUGCACAAACAAGAAGCUGCUCACCAGAGAGAAAUGGCUCUGGACAUGUUGUCUGAAGUUGCUAAUGUAUUUGACUUUCCAGAUCUAAAUCGCUUUUUGUCACGGACUCUGCAAGUUUUGCUGCCUGACCUUGCAGCCAAGGCCAGUCCUGCAGCCUCCAUCCUUAUUCGAACCAUAGCAAAACAACUGAACGUAAACCGAAGAGAGAUUUUAAUCAACAACUUCAAAUACAUCUUCUCUCAUUUGGUCUGUUCCUGCUCUAAGGAUGAACUUGAGCGGGCACUUCAUUACCUCAAGAAUGAGACUGAGAUCGAACUGGGCAGCUUGUUGAGACAGGACUACCAGGGACUGCAUAAUGAAUUAUUGCUACGUAUAGGAGAGCACUAUCAGCAAGUAUUCAAUGGUUUGUCAAUAUUGGCUUCAUUUGCAUCUCAUGAUGAUCCCUAUCAGGGACCUAGGGAAAUAACGUCACCUGAGCAAAUGGCUGAUUAUCUGCAGCCUAAAUUGCUUGGUAUCUUGGCCUUUUUUAACAUGCAGUUAUUGAGUUCUAGUGUGGGCAUUGAGGAUAAAAAAAUGGCCUUAAACAGUCUUAUGUCUUUAAUGAAGCUUAUGGGUCCCAAACACAUCAGUUCAGUACGAGUGAAGAUGAUGACUACUCUGAGAACAGCUCUAAGAUACAAGGACGACUUUCCAGAACUGUGUUGCAGGGCCUGGGACUGUUUUGUUCGAAGUCUGGAUCAUUCAUACCUUGGCUCCUUGCUUAGUCAUGUGAUAGUAGCUUUGCUGCCUCUAAUACAUAUCCAGCCAAAGGAAACUACAGCAGUAUUUUACUUUCUCAUAGUUGAGAACAGGGAUACAGUACGGGACUUCUUACAUGAGAUAUAUUUUCUGCCUGACCUUCCGGAACUAAAGGAAAUUCAAGUAGUCCUUCAGGAAUAUCGAAAGGAAUCCUCCAAAAGCACUGACUUGCAGACGACGCUGCAGCUGUCCAUGAGAGCUAUUCAGCAUGAGAAUGUGGAUGUUCGUAUCCAUGCACUUACCAGCCUGAAAGAAACGUUAUAUAGAAAUCAGGAAAAAUUGGUGAAGUAUGUAACAGACAGUGAAACCGUAGAGCCAGUCAUCUCUCAGUUGGUAACUGUACUUCUGAUUGGCUGUCAGGAUGCAAAUUCUCAUGCCCGGCUACUUUGUGGGGAAUGUUUAGGUGAACUGGGAGCCAUAGACCCUGGCAGGCUGGAUUUUUCAACGAGUGAAACUCAAGGAAAAGAUUUUACAUUUGUGGCUGGUGUGGAGGAUCUGAAUUUUGCCUAUGGAUUACUGAUGGAACUGACUAGAGCAUUUCUUGCUUAUGCUGAUAAUGUUCGUGCUCAGGAUUCUGCUGCAUAUGCCAUUCAGGAGUUACUGUCUAUUUAUGACUGUAGAGAGACAAACAGUGACUGCCCAGGCUCCAGGCUUUGGAGGAGAUUUCCUGAGCAUGUGCAGGAAAUCUUGGAACCUCACUUAAAUACACGGUACAAGAGUUAUCAAAAGGCUAUAGAUUGGUCAAAGGUGAAGAAGCCUAUUUACCUAAGCAAAUUAGGUGACAAUUUUGCAGAAUGGUCAGCAACUUGGGCAGGUUACCUUAUAACAAAGGUACGACAUGAUCUCGCCAGAAAAGUUUUUGAUUGCUGCAGUAUUAUGAUGAAGAAUGACUAUAAAGUGACAAUUUAUCUGCUACCACACAUCCUUGUUUAUGUUUUGUUGGGAUGCAGUCAGGAGGACCAACAAGAGGUUUACAUGGAGAUUAUGGCUGUUCUGAAACAUGAUGAUCAGUGUAGCAGGAGACUUCAAGACAGUGCAUCUGAUCUAAGCCAGCUGAGCACGCAGACAGUGUUCUCCAUGCUUGAUCAUCUAACUCAGUGGGCUAGACACAAGUUUCAGAUGCUUAUUGCUGAAAAAAAUACUAGCAAGUCUAGCAAAGACAGAAAUGACCUAAAAACUUCAAGCGAGGACUAUGGAGAGUAUCAGAACGUGACACGCUUUUUAGACCUGAUACCUCAAGAUACACUGGCUGUGGCUUCUUUUCGCUCGAAGGCUUACACAAGGGCUGUGAUGCAUUUUGAGUCAUUCAUCACAGAGAAAAAGCAAAACAUUCAGGAGCAUCUUGGAUUUCUGCAGAAAUUGUAUGCUGCAAUGCAUGAGCCAGAUGGAGUGGCUGGAGUGAGUGCAAUUCGGAAAGCAGAACCAUCUCUCAAAGAGCAAAUCCUCGAACAUGAAAGUAUUGGCUUGUUAAGAGAUGCCACAGCCUGUUAUGAUAGGGCUAUCCAACUAGAACCUGAUCAGAUUAUUCAUUACCAUGGUGUAGUGAAGUCCAUGUUAGGCCUUGGUCAAUUAUCUACUGUAAUUACUCAAGUGAAUGGAGUACUUGCAAACAGGUCUGAAUGGGUUUCUGAAUUGAACACAUACAGAGUUGAAGCAGCCUGGAAACUGUCACAGUGGGAUUUACUGGAGAAUUAUUUGGCUUCAGAUGUGAAGUCCACUGCUUGGAGUGUCAGAUUAGGACAUUUAUUACUAUCGGCCAAGAAGAAAAAUGAAGUCGCAUUUUAUGAAACGCUCAAGGUUGUUCGAGCAGAACAGAUUGUGCCCCUUUCAGCAGCGAGCUUUGAAAGAGGAUCCUAUCAGCGAGGAUAUGAGCACAUUAUCAGGUUGCAUAUGCUCUGUGAGUUGGAACAUAGUAUUGGACCAAUGUUUCAGCAACCAGAUGGUGAACACAGUAGAGAUUCCCUGAAUUGGUGUGCUCGUAUUGAAAUGACCCAGAACUCUUACAGAGCGAAAGAACCUAUUCUAGCACUAAGAAGGGCUUUGCUUAGUCUUAGUAAAAGCCAGGAUUACAGUGAGCUUGUUGGUCAGUGUUGGCUCCAGAGUGCUAGAGUUGCAAGAAAAGCUGGUCAUCAUCAGACUGCAUAUAAUGCUCUUCUGAAUGCUGGGGAAUCUACACUCUCAGAACUUUAUAUAGAAAGAGCAAAGUGGCUCUGGUCCAAGGGUGAGGUUCACCAAGCACUUAUUGUUCUCCAGAAAGGAGUGGAGCUAUGUUUCCCUGAGAAUAAAGCGCCAUGUAAUACCAAAAAUCAGCUCGUCCAUGGUCGGGCAAUGCUGCUAGUUGGUAGAUUUAUGGAAGAAACUGCUAACUUUGAAAGCAAUGCAGUUAUGAAAAAGUAUAAGGAUGUUACACUUUUGUUGCCAGAAUGGGAAGAUGGACAUUUUUAUCUUGCUAAAUACUAUGAUAAAUUAAUGCCAAUGGUAACUGACAAUAAGAUGGAAAAACAAGGAGAUCUGAUUAGAUACAUAGUUCAUCAUUUUGGGAGGUCUCUACAGUAUGGAAACCAAUUUAUCUAUCAGUCAAUGCCAAGAAUGCUAUCUUUAUGGUUGGACUUUGGAGCAAAAGCAUAUGAGUGUGAUAAAGCAAGUCGUUCGGAACGCAUUCAAAUGAAAAAUGAUUUGGCUAAAAUAAAUAAAGUGAUUACAGAGCACACAAAUCAGCUAGCACCUUAUCAGUUUCUGACAGCUUUUUCUCAGUUAAUCUCCCGAAUCUGCCAUUCUCAUGAUGAAGUCUUUGCUGUUCUGAUGGUGAUUGUUGCUAAGGUGUUUCUGGCCUACCCACAGCAAGCAAUGUGGAUGAUGACUGCUGUGUCUAAGUCUUCGUACCCUAUGCGUGUCAAUAGAUGCAAGGAAAUACUAAAUAAAGCUAUCAACAUGAAGGAGUCCUUAGGAAAAUUUAUUGGAGAUGCAACACGCCUUACGGAUAAACUCUUAGAACUGUGCAACAAACCGGUUGAUGGAAACAGCUCAGCAUUAAGCAUGAAUAUUCAUUUCAGAACACUUAAGAGAUUGGUAGAAGAGCACACAUUCAGUCAAAUUCUCAUUCCAUUACAAUCUGUAAUGAUACCAACUCUUCCUUCAAUUCCUGGUACACAUGCUAACCAUGACCCUUUUCCUGGAUGCUGGGCCUACAUUGCAGGCUUUGAUGAUACGGUAGAAAUUCUUGCUUCCCUUCAAAAGCCAAAGAAGAUCACUUUAAAAGGUUCGGAUGGGAAAUCUUAUAUUAUGAUGUGUAAACCUAAAGAUGAUCUAAGAAAGGACUGUCGGCUCAUGGAAUUCAACUCUCUUAUUAACAAGUGCUUAAGAAAAGAUGCAGAGUCACGUCGGCGAGAACUCCAUAUACGAACCUAUGCAGUUAUUCCAUUAAAUGAUGAAUGUGGCAUAAUUGAAUGGGUGAACAAUACUGCUGGUUUAAGAAAUAUCCUAAUAAAACUUUAUAAGGAGAAGGGUAUCUAUAUGACUGGAAAGGAACUACGUCAGCAUAUGCUUCCAAAGUCAGCACCUUUGUCUGAAAAGCUGAAAAUGUUCAAAGAAGUCCUUCUGCCUCGUCAUCCUCCUGUUUUUCAUGAAUGGUUUCUUAGAACAUUUCCUGAUCCUACUUCAUGGUAUAACAGCAGGUCUGCCUACUGCCGUUCUGUUGCAGUCAUGUCAAUGGUAGGUUACAUACUUGGUCUAGGAGACCGUCAUGGUGAAAACAUCCUGUUUGAUUCUUUGACUGGUGAAUGUGUGCAUGUAGAUUUCAACUGCCUUUUCAAUAAGGUGAGAAAUGGCAUCUUGCUGCACUUGCUUUAUAUUUUACUUGCAUGUAAUUUUGUAAACAUCUACAAUUGUUUUCUUUUUUUCUUCUAA